AUGUCUGAUCUACACCUACCGUGGUCAUUCUACAGAGAGCAAUGGCCUCCUUAUCCACCUGCUCCUAAAGGUGAUUACCUGAGGGACAAGACUGUCGUUAUCACAGGUGCAACAUCUGGAAUCGGUCUUCAAUCAGCGAAACAACUCGCUGAUGCCUCACCAAGUAACCUCAUACUAGGUGUGAGGAAUGUGACCGCCGGUGAAAAGGUUUUAAAAGAAAUUCAAUCUACCCAUCCGGAUUUACAGGGAAAGGUGAUCCAUCUCGAUCUAGCUUCUCUUUCUAGUGUGAAGAAGUUUAGUGAGGAGAUCAGGAUUUACGACAUGAUUGAUUUGUUAAUCAAUAAUGCGGGGGUUAAUCUUGGAAUGGAACAGAUCCCAAUGCAAGUUACAGAUGACGGAUAUGAAAGAACAUUCCAAGUCAACGUCUUUGCACCGUUCUUGUUAACAUGUCUACUCCUCCCAUUAUUCAAACGAUCUUCUGAUCCUAAAGUUCUGUUCGUCGGAUCGGACGCUCAUGUAAUCGCCAAGGAAGAUAUCAUCGAGGGUGCUCUUGCCAGUGGGAGUGUUGAUGGACCAGCGAUCAUACGAACAUUUAAUGAUAGAGAGAAAUAUACUACUGCAACGGUAUACAUUCAAUCGAAACUUUUACUCCAAAUGCUCACUCGAUCAUUGAUCAAACCACUUUCAUCCCUCAAUAUCACUAUUAUCAAUGUCAAUCCAGGUUUGACAUUUACUAAUAUAGGAUCAGAUGCCAAGUUUACUCUAUCGCUACAAUUGGUUUAUAUAUUCCUUUGGGUCAUGGUUAAUGCGAGAAGUGCUAAGAAGGCAGCUAGGAAUAUCACCUCGGCAAGCGCUUGGAAAGGUGGUAGUCAAGAUUAUUGGUCAAGUUGCGUUCCAACCCCAUCUGAAAAUACCUGGCUUUACUCAUACAAAGGGAUUAGAGGGACUGAGAUCUUCUAUGAAGAGAUGAUACAGGAAGUAGAAAAGAUAAGUCCGGGAUGUACAGCCGACUUGAAAUGA